UUGUUUAUUUGUUCGGGGAAUUUUUGCCUUGGUGAGAUUUCUUUUAUUCAUUUAUUUUACUGUUAGAAGUAGGAAAGAUGUCGACGGCUGGCGAAGCUGCUUGCUCUUACGCUGCGUUGAUUCUCUACGAUGAUGGCAUCCCAAUCACUGCUGAGAAGAUUGCAACGCUAGUUAAAGCUGCAAAUGUCUCCGUUGAAUCUUAUUGGCCAAGUUUGUUUGCCAAGCUUUUCGAGAAAUGCAACAUUGGGGAUUUCGUAACCAAUGUUGGUUCUGCCGGUGCUGGUGCCCCGGUUGCCGUAGCUGCACCUGAUGCAGCCGCUGCCGGAGGUGGUUUCGCCGCCGCCGCUCCUCCUCCUGCCGAGGAAAAGAAGAAGGAAGAAUCAGAGGAAUCGAGUGAUGGAGAUAUGGGAUUCGGAUUGUUCGAUUAGGAUGGGUUGAUUACUGGUUCAUUGCACUAAACUACGAUAGUAUCACGGUUUUG